AUGAGUCUAUUCGGGCUGGGAAGAAAUCAAAAGACUUUCCGUCCUAAAAAGAGCGCUGCAUCAGGGACCAAGGGAGCACAGCUUCGAAAGCAUAUAGAUGCAACUCUAGGUAGUGGGAAUCUUAGAGAAGCCGUGAAGCUUCCUCCAGGAGAGGAUUUAAACGAAUGGCUUGCAGUUAACACUGUGGAUUUCUUUAAUCAGGUGAAUCUGUUGUUUGGUACACUUACCGAGUUUUUCACCCCGGAGAAUUGCUCUACAAUGACUGCUGGUCCCAAGUACGAAUACAGAUGGGCAGAUGGUGUACAGAUCAAGAAGCCUAUCGAGGUUUCAGCUCCAAAAUAUGUUGAGUACUUGAUGGAUUGGAUCGAGACACAACUCGAUGACGAGUCCAUAUUUCCUCAAAAGCUUGGUGCGGCAUUUCCUCAACACUUCAAGGAAGUGGUUAAGACAAUCUUUAAACGAUUGUUCAGAGUGUACGCACACAUUUACCACUCUCAUUUCCAGAAAAUCGUUAGUCUCAAAGAAGAAGCUCAUCUCAACACUUGCUUCAAACACUUCAUCCUCUUCACUCAUGAGUUUGUUCUCAUUGACAAGAAAGAACUUGCUCCUCUUCAAGAGCUCAUAGAAUCUAUCAUUGCUCCUUUCUAA